UUUUUCCUCACAGGUAUCGUUGUUUGUUGUCCUUCAGUACUGUUAAGAGUCAUGGACUUUCGUCAGCAUUUAUUAGAUUCCCUAAAUGAAAUAAUUGAACACAUACAAGAAGGCGGAAAUCGUGGAGGCGAUUUAGAAAAUACUGUUUUAAGACUAGAGGUUCUUUACGAGGCAGCCUUGGUCAAUGGGGACAUUCCUUUAGAAGCGGUUGACUUAAUCAAUCAAGCUCGUACACAUCUGAACGUAAACUUGAAUCAACAAGAGCCUUUUCAAGGGUAUGAAGCACCAGCAGUGAGUGAGGUUGGACGCCGAGGAAGACCUAAUUUUGCGAUUUCCGAGCAGCAGCUGCUAUUUUUCAGAGUUAUCUUUGUUAGAGAACAACUUCACGUAUAAAGACAUGGCUCUAAUGCUUGGAGUUAGCAAGCGAACUAUUGAAAACCGGAUGA